AUGGCCGGAACAAAGGCUGGUCGGGACAAAAGCUGUCCGAUGGCAAUGGCUGAUACUUGUCGGGCCAAAGACUUCCCUCACCAGAACGCCGUUACAAAGCCGCCGAUACAACCUUCCGGUUUAAACGUUGCCUUCGACUCACCGGCAACGGUGACGGCUCGGCUGUCGCACACUUUGUCAAACUUGAACUUGAAAAGGUCACCUCCGAUCGGCAACGGGUUGUCUAGGUGUUUGCAAAAGGAAAGGGCAAGCGGGGGCAAACGUUCACAAAGCCAUUCUACUCGUGAUCGUGGAGUCUUUAGAAACUUUAGAUCUAGCGAUCAACCGAACGAUCAACCGAACGAUCAAGCCAACGAGCCAAGUGCAGUGCAACGCGAUGACCGGCGGCGGGCGAACCACAACGAAAUCGAGCGGAGGCGGCGGGACAAAAUCAACAACUGGAUCCACGAGCUGAACAAGAUCAUCCCUGCGGAGCACAUGAACAGCCCGUCGCAGGACCCGCAGGCGAACAAGCAGAACGGCGGCACCGGUGAUAACCUGUCGAAGGGCGGCAUCCUGGCGAAGGCGUGCGAGUACAUUACCCGGCUGAAAGACACCAGCGACAAGCUGACCGAGUGCCUUGCCGAGAAGGAUCAGAUCCUGCUGGAGAACCUGCAGCUGAAGGAAAGCAUCAACCAGCUGCUGGCGGAGAACAAACGGUUACAGUCGGAGCUGCAGUUUGCCCUCGCCACCAACGUCAAAAUCGAGUCGUAG